UAUCUUCCCUUCUCUUAUCAUUAGAACAAAGAAAGAUUCUCAUCUCACGUGAACGUAAGAACAGAGCCAUGAAAGGAGAGUGCACAGAGAAGAAUCUGCCCAUGGUCUGGUUGUGGCUUCUUCUUAUACUUGCAACGAUCGAAUUCGCUACCUCAAGAACGACUCCACCGCCGCUGCCGAUCCCACCAUUACCGACGUGGUCCCAGUUAAAAUGGCAGCGUCGAGAGCUUGUAAUGUUCCACCAUUUCGGCGUAAAUACGUUCACCGAUUCCGAGUGGGGAACCGGACACGAGAACCCCUCCGUGUUCAAUCCAACGGCCCUUAAUGCGGGCCAAUGGGUCGAUCUGGCCGUCGAUGCUGGGUUCUCCCUCGUCAUCUUGACCGCAAAACACCAUGAUGGGUUCUGCCUGUGGCCGUCGGAAUACACUGAUCAUUCCGUCGAGAGAAGCCCGUGGAGAGGUGGGAAGGGAGACGUUGUCGGAGAGCUUGCGGCCGCUGCGAAGGACCGAGGGGUGGAUCUUGGGCUGUAUAUAUCGCCGUGGGACCGCCACGACAAAAGAUAUGGGCAAGAAACACAGUACAACGAGUAUUACUUGGGCCAGUUACAAGAACUUCUGAAUAGAUAUGGGAGUGUUUCGGAGAUAUGGUUCGAUGGCGCCAAGGGAUCGAACGCACCGAACAUGACAUACUACUUCGGGUCUUGGUUUUCCAUGGUGAAGGAAUUACAGUCCGCCAUUAAUAUAUUCUCCGAUGCGGGCCCUGACGUUAGAUGGGUCGGAGACGAGAUGGGGUAUGCAGACUCGACGUGUUGGUCCACCAUCAAUCGCACUUCACUGAGGAUUGGAGAUGGAAGCAUUGUUAGCUAUCUAAAUACGGGCGAUCCAAGAGGAACCGACUGGCUACCAGCCGAAUGCGACGUCUCGAUUCGAAAGGGCUGGUUUUGGCACAAAUCCCAAAGCCCAAAGUCGCUAAGCCAGCUGCUUGACAUCUACUACAACUCGGUGGGACGGAACUGCGUAUUGCUGUUGAAUGUGCCGCCUAACACUUCGGGUCUGAUAUCCGAUACCGACGUUACCCGUUUGCGUGAGUUCCGAAAGGCGAUUGAUGUGAUAUUCUCUAGCAACCUAGCACAAGGAAGUGUGAUAAAAGUUAGUAGCCAAAGGGGAGGAAAGAAGAGUAAUUUCGGGCCGAAGAACGUCGUGGAUGGUGAUCAUGUGUGGACGUACUGGGCCCCAGAGGAGCAGAAAGAUGGCAGCCAUUGGAUCGAGUUCGGUUGGAAUGGGAAGGAGAUCAGAUUCAACGUGGUGAGAAUUCAAGAAGCGAUUGGGCUUGGGCAGAGGAUUCAGCGGCAUGAGAUUUAUGUGGAUGGGGAUCGAGUGGCGGCAAAUACAACUACUGUUGGUUACAAGAGACUCCACCGGUUGGGAAGGGUCUUUCAUGCAAGAAGUGUGCGGAUCAAGAUCGUCCAAUCAAGGGGGCUGCCUCUCAUAUCAUCCGUCGGUUUACACUUCGAUCCCUUUUGGCACAACUAACGGCCAGAUUCAAGCUGGUUGGGCUUGACCUGUCAUAUAUAGGUUCUCAGAUAGGCAGUGGGACCUAAGUUCAAUUUCUUCAAUAAAUGCGCUGGACUCAGGGCCGUUUAUAGGAAUUACAGAUCGGCUGUCCAGUUAAUAAACGGGUCGGCAGGGAUCCGGCUUAACAUGGCCCAUUGUCACCGCGGGACCCGAAUGCAUCCACGCCGUUGGCAUAACCCACCAUGUUACCUACCGUUAAACUUUUUAAAGGGUUUUCACCUUUUCUAGGAGCGAGAAAUUUAUCUCGGCUUCAGCUUUUGUACUUUGGUCAUCUGCUCUGAUACAGAGCCAUAUUCGAAUGGAAUCUGCUUUUUGGGUGGGCCCCACUUUCCAUGCAUGUUAGGGGGGCCGU